ACUGCCUAACCUUGUGGCGCUGAUAAAUCCCUGCCUCAUCUCCUAAAACAACAAAUAAACUCCACCUGGCGUCUCCACUCCGUCGGCAGCCAUGGCUCUCUCUGUGUCUGGAGGGACCGUGUUCACCAUCCUCCUCAUUAGCAGGUUGUUAGAGAACUCGAUGCUCAACGCAGAAGUGAAGGAGGGAGAGAUUCUCCCUCCUACCAUUCACAAGCUGAUGAAAGGAUACAACAAGUACCUCAGGCCUUUCUUUGACAAUGGUCCUGUAACAGUGGGUAUGAGCCUGGACAUCGCCAGCAUUGACACUAUCUCAGAGAUCAACAUGGACUACACCGCCACCAUAUUCCUCCGCCAGCGCUGGACGGACGAGCGCUUGGUGUUCGAGGGCAACAAGAGCCUGAGCCUGGACGGGCGGCUCGUGGAGCUGCUCUGGGUCCCGGACACCUUCAUCGUCGACUCCAAGAAGUCCUUUCUCCACGACAUCACCGUGGAGAACCGGCUGAUACGCAUCUUCCCCAACGGGACCGUCCUUUACGCACUGAGGAUCACCACCACAGUGGCUUGCAACAUGGAUCUGACCAAGUAUCCCAUGGACAAGCAGACCUGCACGCUGCAACUGGAGAGCUGGGGUUACAACAUCAACGAUGUCAUGUUCUACUGGACCCGAGGAAACGAGUCCGUCAGCGGUUUAGACACCCUACAGCUGGCUCAGUACACAGUCGAGGGCCACUACACGUCCGUCUCAGAGGCCGUUUAUGAGACCGGCAAUUACCCAAAGCUGGUCUUCCACUUUGAGCUGAGGAGGAGCAUUCUGUACUUCAUCCUGGAGACUUACGUCCCCUCCAGCCUGCUCGUUGUCCUCUCGUGGGUUUCCUUCUGGAUUUCCCUGUCCUCUGUUCCAGCUCGUAUCUGUAUAGGAGUGACCACAGUACUCACCAUGACCACUCUGAUGAUGGGCGCUCGGACGUCACUGCCCAAUGCCAAUUGCUUCAUCAAGGCCAUUGAUGUUUACCUGGGCAUCUGCUUCAGCUUCAUCUUCGGAGCGCUCAUCGAGUACGCCGUGGCCCACUUCUGCUCCAUCUCUCACCUCGACACACAUAUCCUCAUGUACGGCCACCACAUGCACGACCUAGACGACGAAAUGAAUGGCAUCAUCACCACAAUCUCCAAUCACAACCGGGCCAAGAGACGCAAGGAGGCCGCCGCCGCCGCCACCCCGACCCCACCGCCCGCCUCCUUAGAACUCACUGUCACCCCGUCCAGCCCCUCUGGCAGCGAGCCUAAGCCCGAGGCGUCGCCCCCGAAGCGCACCCACUGGUGCCUCACCGCUCUAGCCACCAUCCGCAAAGUGCUCCGCUCCCUAUAUUGCUGUCACGUGGAGAACCCCCACCACAUAGACAACUACUCCAGAGUCACCUUCCCCCUCUCGUUUGUCAUGGUCAACCUGCUCUACUGGACUUAUUAUCUGUACUUCUAG